AUGAAGCACUCACACCCACCUCGACCAAACUCCUUACGUAUCUACGAAUGCCACAUUGGGAUCGCUUCUCCUGAGAAACAUGUGUCGACGUACAAUCAUUUCAGGAUUGAUGUGCUUCCUCGAAUCAAGAAUCUGGGUUUUUACUCUUUUGGUAUCCAAUUAGGUUUCAACGCCAUUCAGAUUAUGGCCGUUAUGGAGCAUGCCUAUUAUGCCAGUUUUGGGUAUCAAAUCACUAGCUUUUUUGCCUCUUCAAGUCGAUUUGGAACUCCCGACGAGCUGAGGGAAUUGGUCGACUGUGCUCACGAAAUGGGAAUACAAGUUUACUUAGACCUCGUUCACAGUCACGCAUCGCGGAAUGUCGCCGACGGAAUCAAUCUUUUUGAUGGAACUGAAACUUGUUUUUUCAACAGAGGGCCCCGUGGAUAUCACGGAUUAUGGGACAGUCGGUUGUUCGAUUAUCAAAAGUGUUUUUUACUAUUAAUUGCCAGUUUGGAAGUACUUCGGUUUCUUUUGUCGAAUCUGCGGUUUUGGGUGGAAGAAUUUCGGUUCGACGGAUUCCGUUUUGACGGGAUAACCUCAAUGCUGUACCAUUCCCACGGAAUAGGCCACGGAUUCAGUGGUCACUAUGACGAGUACUUUGGAGAUAACUGCGAUCUUCAGUCAAUUCUGUACCUGAUGAUGGCCAACUCUAUUCUCCACAAGUUAUAUCCUGACUUUAUAGUCACGAUUGCUGAGGUUUUCCUAUUUUUCUGUAUUUGUCAGGACGUUUCUGGGAUGCCAACGUUGUGUCGUCCUGUCGAAGAGGGAGGAAUUGGGUUUGACUACAGACUGGCGAUGGCUAUUCCGGACAUGUGGAUAAGGAUGCUGAAGGAAAUCCGCGAUGAGGACUGGAGCAUGGGACAUUUCUUUCAUACUCUCACAAAUCGACGUUUUGGGGAAAAGUGCAUAUCUUAUGCAGAGUGCCACGACCAAGCCAUUGUGGGUGAUAAAUCGAUUGCUUUCUGGCUGAUGGAUAAGGAAAUGUAUUUCAACAUGUCCACAAACCAGUCUCCCUCGAUUAUCAUUGACCGUGGAAUGGCUCUUCAUAAACUAAUUCGUCUUAUUACUCACGCUGUGGGCGGAGAGGGAUAUCUCAAUUUUAUUGGAAAUGAGUUUGGUCACCCAGAGUGGCUAGAUUUCCCUCGUUUUGGAAAUAAUAACAGCUUUCACUAUGCAAGAAGACAGUUCAAUUUGGUGGACAGCGAGUAUUUGCGGUACCGAUUCUUAAAUGCAUUUGAACGUGAUAAAAAUGCUGUUGACGAGAAUUUUCAGUUAUUAGCUUCCGGGCCUGUUGGAUCGUCUUGGUUAUUGUUUUAG